AUGCCGUCAGGUCUCGGAAUUCGCAUCACAACGCUGGUUGAAGUCUUCUUGAAUGUGAUCAACAUCGCGUUGACGAUUGUUCUGUUCAUUCGGUUACGAAAGGUCAAAAUGAUGCACAGAAAUCUGCGAACAAUGCUG